CCUUAACAGUACAACUUUUCUUUGCAUCUGUCUUUCUCUUCCUUCCCUCAUCUUAUCCUCAUUUAUUUCUCCUUUAAUUUCUUUUGCCCACUACUUUUCUGGUAAAAGUCAAAAUAUACACAAUAAAAAAACCCAGAUGCCAGUUUUUAGUCAUUUCUUUGUGGUGGUGUUGGUGGUACUUUGCUUGCACUUUCCCAAGUGACUUGAACGCACAGGCAGCACCCAUGUCCCUAAUCCAUAGCUGAUAGCUAGCCUGCCUGCCUGCACCUUCAAUACUAUACAGAUUUUAAACUAGUCUGAUCUACGAGCGCGAUUCGAACUUGGUGUAAGGGGAAGCACACCGGCCUAACCCCACGUCUCCAAUUUCACGUUGGUAUUCAAUUGUACAUACCUGGAAACUUAACCGGUUGUGGUAGAUUACCAAAAGUGAAAGGUGAAAGGUGAAAAGCAAGCUCCAGUAUGAUAACAAAAUUCAAAUACGCUAACUGGUAUUGUCAUGUUGAUGAAUUAUGUAUUAUUGACAACAUAUAAAGUGAAGGGCAAGCUAACAACGACACUCUAAGAAAGUUUAUUGAACUCUUCGUGUGAUUACGCUCAUAUAGAAGAAACGAAGUCCUUGACUUCAUUGUCCUGCCGAAACAUGUUAACACAAAACUUGAACUUGGAAUUUGAAAAUGAUUCAGAAGUCACGAGCCAAGUAACUUAUUCGAGCAUACCUCUGCAAGAAGAAUCUCCUGACCCCUCUAAGGACAGCACAACCACUUCUUCGUGCCUCACAAAUCAGAAGCAUCAACAACAAGAUCCCCGGCCUGUUUCCCUUCACUUGACACUCCAGUUUAGCUCAGGCGACACUGAAUUGAAGGGCACGGGGGAGACUAGCAGUGAAGCAGCUGCACCCCCUACUUCAGAAGGAACAAUCCCAAGGGUAUUCUCAUGCAACUACUGUAAGCGUAAGUUCUAUAGCUCACAGGCACUCGGUGGCCAUCAGAAUGCUCAUAAGAGGGAGAGGACAAUGGCCAAGCGUGCUAUGCGUAUGGGAAUGUUUCCCGAUAGGUAUACUAGCUUGGCAUCUCUCCCCUUACAUCGUUCUGCGCCUUCAGCGUUCCGGUCUCUUGGUAUCCAAGCUCAUUCUGCAGUGCACCAAAACACUAUGAUAACAUCAGAUCAUCAGAGGUUCCUUGUCCCCGACACAAGAGGCGUAGCAAGGUUUCGUCAGGGCUAUUUUGGAGUGCCGAUGUUUAUGGACGAGGAUGAUGUGGGCAUGUUUUGGCCCGGGAGUUUCCGACAGGUGGGUGAGGGAGCUGGAGGUCAUCAAUUAGCCCAAAAUCCAAAUAUGAAUACAGGAACAAGCAUGGAACCAAGAAAUAGUACAAGUUCGUCUUCACCCGAUCUUUCUCUAAAGCUUUGAGAUUUUUGUUACUUCUGUUUAAUUAGAUAUGUUUCCUAUUAAUUAAGCAGCAUGAUCGAAUAGUGUUAAUAUUAACUUUGUACAGUGAGAUAUGCCAUUUAUAACGGCUGCAGAUAUUUCUAAAUUGUUUUAAGGCUGUAUUUGUUUCUUAACUUCAUAAUUAAGGAUGUUGUUCUUCUUUUUGUUCA